AUGACAAUGUCGACAUCAGGAGCAUUACCACGUUAUAGUGAAAAAUAUUCUGAUGGUCGAUACGAAUAUCGACAUGUUGUAGUAUCAAAAGAUUUAAUACGAACGAUACCAUCAAAUCGUUGUAUGGAUGAACAUGAAUGGAGAGCAUUAGGCAUCAGACAAGGUCUCCAUUGGGAACAUUAUAUGAUACAUAAGCCAGAGCCACAUGUUCUAUUAUUUCGUCGUCCUCUUCUCUCCCAAUAUACUCAACCAAUUAUUGCUGAUUCAACAAUGAAAAUGACUGACCAACAUGCUCCACCAGUCCUUGGAUUAAAAGUUCCAUUGCGUCAAUUAUCUGUCAAUAUUUCAUCAACAUUUUAA